AUGUCUUCUGCACCUGAGAUUUCUGACGCAAUGGAUUUUCAAGAGUCGCAAAUGCCGCCUGACCUCGACAAUGACAAUUUAGAGGGCGAAAAUAAUGGUAAACAAGUAAUGCACGACUAUUUCUGGGAGGGGUCUCCUGAGUACCGCCGACUCUGUGAAUUGAGAAAGAAGGGCUGGGAAAGCACUGAAGGCGAUAAACAUUUCCGGAAGCAACGAAAAACUUCAGCCAAACCAGAUCAAAACAGUCUUCGCUUCUUUUACACCAUGAUGCAGACCAGGACCAUCGGCAAGGAUAUGGACAGAGUGACCCGUGUAUUCGAUCUCACCAGCGUCCAGAAGCCAGCUCUGCUGGACAUGUGCAUGGCACCUGGAGGCUUCGUUGCCCAUGCCUUGAAAAAGACUCCUCAGCUUCAGGUCAGAGCAAUGACACUCCCAAAGGAAAGCGGCGGUCACGAGGUCAGACUCGAGGAUGAGACCGUGAAGGUGGAACUUUUGGAUGUCACCAUACUGGUAGCCGACAUGGGUAUCACUGAAGAGGAUGUUCCAUCGAAUCUUCCUGGGCCACGCGGUCUUCAUUUCACAAAAGCAUUCGCCGACGAGGAGAAGUUCGAUAUCGCUAUUUGUGGUGGUGCAGUUGUGCACACUCAUCCACGUCAAGAGUCGCACGGGCGACAUGAAUCUAUACGCCUGACGCUCACACAGCUUGCUAUCAGCCUGGACCAUCUCAAGCCUGGCGGCUCUAUGAUCAUUCUUCUCCAUAAGGUUGAGGCCUGGCGCUGCUUUCACCUCAUUCACCAGUUCAGUAGAAUCUCCGAGAUCAAGCUGUUCAAGCACCGCAAACACCACGGUAUACGAUCGGCCUUUUACUUCAUCGCCAAGAACAUUCGAGCAGACAGUACACUUGCCCAGGACAUGGUUACUGGAUGGAAGCAGUUCUACAAGGUGGCAACACUGGGCACUGAUGAUGAGUACUACAAGGCGUAUCGAGUGAAUGACGAGGAUGUCAGGAUCGCACUCGGUGAGUUUGGACAGCAGUAUCUGGAAAUGGCGAAGAAUGUUUGGAAGAUACAGGCCGAUGCUUUGGAGAAAGCACCGUUUAUUAAAAAAGAAUGA